GCGAAGAUCAAUGGAUCAUGAUGUCAAACAACCGACGAUUCAGAACUCUCGCGCCUUCGCCAUUAACUUGAAAAGAAACACGCACCGCCAUUCCGGAGAGCGGUCGGUGAAAGCUCGCUGGAUUAGUAAACAUUGAUAAUUGUACUUAUACAAAUCGGUUAUCUUCUUGAUCUGAAUAAAAUACUUCUUGUUGUCCCUGUCUUGUUGAUAUCGAUCCAUUGACAUAAUCAAAUCACCUCGUUCAAUUAUCACAACCGACAAAAUGGCAGUAAUCAACCAAGCAGCAGCCAAGCUCCGCGCCCAACUCUUCGAGUCGGAUGAUCUCAUCGUCUGUCCCGGCGUUCAAGAUGGUCUCUCCGCGCGGGUUUGUCUUCAGCAGGGUUUCAAGAAUCUGUACAUGACCGGCGCCGGAACCGCCAUCUCCCUCCUAGGCAUGCCCGACCUUGGCCUUACCACCGCCGACGACAUGGUCCGCCAAGCGUCCAUGCUCUCCUCCCUCGACCGCUCCGUUCCCCUAAUUGCCGACAUCGACACCGGCUUCGGCGGGCCCGUCAUGGUUGCCCGGACCGUCGAGCGCUACAUCUUGGGUGGUGUAGCCGGCCUCCACCUCGAAGACCAAGUAACCACCAAGCGGUGCGGCCACCUGGGAGGCAAAGAGAUGGUGGACGUAGCGACCUUUGUCGCGCGCAUCCGUGCGGCCCGCGAAGCGAGGGAGAGACUGGGAAGUGAUUUGGUGAUCAUCGCCCGCACCGACGCGCUUCAGUCCAUGGGGUUUGAUGAAGCCCUAACUCGCCUCAAGGCCGCCGUGGAAGCCGGCGCGGACGCCGUGUUCUUGGAAGGCGUCAAGGAUCGGGAACAGAUGGCCAAGUUCACAAAGGAAAUGGCCCCAACCCCGUGCUUGAUCAAUCUCGUUCCUGGAGGACUGACGCCCUUGGUGAACGCCAAAGAAGCGAAGGAGUUGGGGUACAGAAUCGCCAUCUGGCCGUGCUUUGCCAUGACGCAUGCGUACGUGGCUUACCAAAAGGCAGCGAAGGAGUUGCUGGAGACGGGGGCGGUGACGGCUGGCUUUACCGAAAAGCAAAAGGGCGCAGGGGAGAAUGUGGAGCAGGUUCCCGGUGGGAUUAGAGAGCUUUUUGAGCUUUGCGGGUUGAGUGAGUGCGUCGAGUUCGAUAACAAGAUGGGCGGACAGACGUUUUCGAAGGGCGUUUAAGUUGAGGUUAGUUUACACGCUGGCGAGAUGAGGUAUGGAGAAAAGAGCGACUUCAAAAUAGUUUAAUGAUAUACCCAAAGUCCUGUGCCAACAAUAAUACAGUCAUAAGAUCAUGAACUAGG